AUGUGCGUGUUCCAGUCUCAUUCCAAGCUCGAUAAACGCACUACCAUCACCCACCGUCCAGCAUCUCUCAGUCGCGAUUUGCAAAACAGAGACGGCAUGCCAGCUCUGAUUCACUCUCUACACGAAGAGAACAGCUCCGUUCUCAGUCUCGCUGCUAGCGAUGACUUGAUCUUCUCUGGCGGUCAGAAUUGCCAUAUCUCUGUAUGGUGUCGAAAGACUUUCCAACUCGUCCGGACAUUACGGGAACACACUGGAAGUGUGCUGGCACUCGAAUACGCAAGCGAGCGGGAUUGGCUGUUCAGCGCAUCGGGGGACAGUACUGUCUGCGUAUGGUCCACCAAGACGCUUACCUUACUCUAUGUCCUUCACCCAUACCAAGAGACAGGCUCGGGGGAUCUCUUCUCACUCGCUUGGUCACCGUCUCUGGGGACCCUAUACAUCGGCUGCCAAGACACUUCCCUACAGUGGUACGACUUCCGUGGUCUCCAAAGCGUUGUAGACUCGGCUCCUGGAUCGGGAACAAGCACACCCAAUACUCGCAAACCUCACAGGUUCUUCGACAGUUAUCCUCAGCACGAAAGGCGUCCUGCGGACCUUUUCGCAAAUAAUAGUGCCUCCACCUCUUUGAACAACAUUCAUCCUGAACGCACGGAGGUCGGGCAACUGAACAAGCUUCAAGUGCCGGCAACGAAUGUGAUUGAUUCCGCCCACUAUGGGUACCUUUAUUGUAUGGCGAUCCUCGAAGGCGACAACAGUGCUGGCGAGGAAACACAACUAGUAACUGGUAGUGGUGAUGAAACAGUCAAAUUAUGGAUAAUCAAAUCCACGUCACCUCUCCCUCAACUCGUACACACGUUUACUUUCCAACAUGGUGCAGUUCUAGCAAUUGCUGCUCGUGGCGAGACCAUCUACGCUGGCUGUCAAGACGGCUAUGUCAAGGUACUCGACGUCGAAACAAGGGCUUGUGUGAGGACGAUCAUCGUUGACGAGGGCGUAGACAUACUUUCUGUCUCUCUCCUUGGUUCGGAUCUAUACACCUUCUCAGCUGGAGGGCGUAUCCAGCGCUGGUCUGCGUCUUUCGAUUGUACCGCUUCCUGGAAGGGGCAUGAUGGAAUCAUCCUCUCGUCCAAAAUCUCUCAACCCUCAUCUCAACUUUGGGCAAGCACAAACGAAGAGUUCGAUGUAGAUUUAACUAUCGACAGCUUCCAACUAAUCACUGGAGGCAAUGACGAUUACAUCAAGAUUUGGGAUGUCGUUCCGCCCAAGACACGCGAUCCAUCUAGGCAUGCUAUCACUUCAAAGUCAACCAUCGAAUACGCGCUAUCCAAGUUCGUGGCCUUCCAAAGCGUAAGCAGCCUAUCAAAGCACAGUGAAGACUGCAGACAGGCUGCUAUCUGGCUGAAGAAGUGUUUGGCGCAGCUGGGUGCCCAGUCAACAUUACUUCCUACAGGAGAAGGUGCAAAUCCGCUUGUUCUUGGCACAUUCAGCGGCACAAGCAAACCUGGAGUUCGGAAGCAGAGAAUCCUGUUUUACGGACACUACGACGUGAUAUCAGCCCCGCCCCACGGUUGGCAUUCGGAUCCAUGGACGUUAAGUGGUCGCAACGGAUAUCUCUACGGGAGAGGGGUUACUGAUGAUAAAGGACCUAUCAUGGCCGUUGCUUGCGCUGCUGCUGAGUUGCUACGCAAAAGGUCUCUAGCCGUGGACUUGGUGUUCUUGAUCGAGGGCGAAGAGGAAUGUGGGAGCACUGGCUUCGGCGAUGCCGUUAAACGACACAAGGAACAGAUCGGCCACAUAGAUGCUAUUUUUGUCAGCAACUCGACGUGGAUCGCAGAGUCCCCACCAUGCAUAACUUACGGUCUUCGUGGGGUCGUGCAUUGCACUUUACAGAUAUCAAGCAACAUGCCCGACUUGCAUUCUGGUAUUGAGGGCGGUGCUGUGGUAGAGCCCAUGCUUGACAUGGUGCGACUCCUUGCCACGUUGACCGAUAGCACUAACCGCGUGCAAAUACCGAAUUUCUAUGAUAGUGUCCGUCCACAGACGGAGGAGGAACAACAGUUAUAUUUGACUCUGUCUCAUCUUACACAGAGACCAGCAUCUACCAUCGCUUCGCGAUGGUGCGAACCGUCAUUGACAAUUCACAAUAUUCAGAUUUCUGGUCCGAGAAAUGCCACCGUCAUCCCAGGCAGCGUGAAAGCACAGAUCUCCCUACGGAUUGUCCCGGAUCAAGAUCUGAACACCGUAGUCAAAUCUCUCUGUGACCACCUCCAUGCAUCCUUUGCCGAAUUCAAUUCUCCAAACGAAAUACAGGUUUCCAUUGACCAUACAGCAGACUGGUGGCUUGGUGACUUGGAUGGCCUAUGGUUCAAGUCAUUGGAAAAGGCUGUGCGGGAUGAGUGGGGCGUAGAGCCAUUGCGGAUUCGAGAAGGCGGGUCAAUCCCUUCCAUCCCGUACCUUGAGAAGGAGUUUAAGUGCCGAGCUCUCCAUCUUCCCAUGGGACAGAGUACUGACCAAGCUCAUCUACCUAACGAGAGGAUAUCACUGGCAAACCUUCAGAGAGGAAAGGCUGUUGUGGAACGAUUUUUGCUCAACGUGUCUGAAAUGACAACACCUUCUGAAUGA